CUCUGUAUUCUCUCCUCGCAAACCCCAACCCGAAAAGCAGACGUCUUUCUGUGCGCGUGCAUCCGACGCCAACGCUCCUCGGCGACGGUGAUCGCCUCUACGAAAAUCCUCCGCCGCAGCCCACGAUUCUCCUUGCGCAGGUUCUAGGUUCGUACCAAGAAAUCCUUUCCCGGUGUUUCUUUGUUGGUUGCAAUCCAGCUUCUUCUAGUCUUCUGUUCGUGUUGCCGAGCUCAGAUAAGUCGGUCCUUGGAACAAUCUGUGGGGGAAAAUGAUAAACCUUUUCAAGAUAAAGGGGCAAAAGAAGGAAGAUGCAGCAAAUACAAAUGGAAAGCCUGCUGCCAAGAAGCAAAGUCCAGGGGAGUUGCGUCUCCAUAAAGAUAUUGCUGAGCUCAACCUUCCUAAAACCACACAAAUGUCUUUUCCUCAAGGCAAAGAUGAUCUGAUGAACUUUGAGGUUACCAUUCGACCUGAUGAAGGACAUUAUGUUGGUGGUAAAUUUGUUUUCACCUUCCAAGUUCCUCCUGCCUACCCACAUGAACCACCCAAAGUCAAGUGCAAGACUAAGGUUUAUCAUCCCAAUAUUGACUUGGAGGGGAAUGUCUGCCUCAACAUUCUGCGUGAAGAUUGGAAGCCUGUUCUCAAUAUCAAUACCAUCGUAUAUGGCUUGAAUCUUCUUUUCUCGCAACCUAACGAUGAGGACCCCCUAAAUCAUGAGGCGGCAGCUGUUCUUCGUGACAAUCCACAAAAGUUUGCAAGAAAUGUCCAGAGGGCGAUGGCUGGAGGCUAUGUUGAUGAAAUCCAGUUCCCUAGGUGUAUGUAAGGUCUGAAGAAGGUGGAUCUGUAUGCGCUUUUCUGCAACCAGUGAGAUAAUAUGUGGAACAAAAGGUCCCUGGAAAGAAAUUGAAUUUGUGUUAUGUGUACCAAUGGCACUUUCUUGAAAGUAGCUGGAUCAUGUAAGUUUCUGACUAUGGCCGCAUUACCUAAGACUCUUUAGAAUUUUCGUAAGAGCAAAUGCCGAACAAGAUGUAUGGUUAAGCUCACUGCCUGUUUUAUGACUUGUGAGUACGAACAGGUCUGCACA